GAGCCAAACAAAGAGAUGAAGAUGGAAACGAGAUUACAGAAAAUGCCGAAGAAGAAGAAGAGUAAAAGGCGAAUUCCCUUUACAAGUAUUCCAGAAAACGCCGACGGAAACACCAUAUUUGCUCUGACGUUAGCUUCUAUUGUUCGUUCUUCUAUUAAUGGAGAUACUCACAGUCAGAAGAAACUGAAGCUGCAAGACAACACCCACUCGCCAUUUCUCAUCAAAAAAUGCUUGGACCGAUUGCUUCAUUGUCUUCUAUCUCCCUCUCCUAAUCAUCUAAUCCUUACUGCACAUCUAACUCUACCCUCUCAUAUCAUUUCCUUGUUUCCUCUCCUCCUAACCUCUGGAUAUACAGAAAUAAAGUCGAAAUCCGCGGAGAUUGUUGGCGCGGCUGCCUUGUUUUCACUGGAGAUGAAUGAACAAGUGGCCUCUGACCUAGACAUUUUGAAGACUCUUAUGUCUGCCUUAGCUUCUCCGGAGAAGACUAUUGCUAUAGCCGCCUGUAAUGCCUUUUUGGAUUUGUGCACCACAUCUAUUGGGAGACAACAGCUUCUGAAAUCAUCCUCCCUGGAGCAUCUUGUGUGAGUACUUUCCUGACAGUAAUUGUUUA